AUGAAUUCUUCAGAUAAAAAUAUUUCUAAGGAACAAUUUCAUUUAAUUAGGAAAAUUCUACAAGAGAAGAAAGAAGCUGGUGUGCAAACUAAUAGGCCUCUGAAACGUAAAAAAAGAAGAUUGAGAAGUGAGAUACCUAAUGUUGAAACUUCAACGGAACCAUCAAUAGUUAUUAAUUUAGAGGAAGAAGCUCCCAGUGCCACUAAUUUUAAAAAUGAACCUGAAGUCAUCGACUUGGAGAAUGAAGAGGAGCAGAGGAUAAACAUUAACUCUGAUGCUAAACGAAAAAGAUGUAUCGCUGUAAAAUAUAAAGCUGGCAAUACUGAUAAGGUUCCUAAAAGUGGGGAUGAUUAUUUAAAUGAAUUUCAGGAGGUAGGUAAAGAAAAUUCAGAGACAGAGCAUGAAGAUGAUGAAGAAGAGGGAUUUGAAUCUGAAGAUUUUGAGGAUGUUCCAAUGGUAGAUAAUGAUGUUGAUGACUCUAGAAUACAAGAUGUUUCUGUCACAUUUGAUUCUAAUAAUACUCAAAAUUCGUCGAAGAAAAAGAUAGUACGAAAUGCAUGCAGUAAUGUAGAAAGGAUUAGAAGAAAAGAAGACCAUAUGAUCUAUCUAGUUAUGUUUAGUUUAGCAGGAUUCAUACGAAACCAAUGGAUUAAUAAUUCCAAAUUGCACAAAAAACUAUCAAAAAUGAUUUCUGAUGAAAUAUUUGCUUUGUUACAUCCUGAGAAUGAUAAAGAAUUAAUAAUACGAAGUGAGAGGAAACUUCUUGAUGGGUUAAAAAAAUGCAUGGAGGUGUACGAAAAGAAAUGGAAAAUUUUAAAUGCAUAUGAUAGCACGGCAUUCUAUAUGAGAUUUUGGAAUGAAUUACCAUAUGAGUCCACACAACAGCUUAUAAAUAAGAGAAAUAGACUCAACACACACAAUACACUAGAAGAAAAAUCAUUUAUCAAACAAGUUAAUAAGGGGAUCGGUGAUAGAGAUAUUUAUGUACAAGGUUUCGUUGCACUUUUAAGGUCGUGUCAAAUAAAUGCCAGAUUAGUAAUGUCCUGUCAACCACCAGAUUUCAGUAAUUUAAAAGAAAAGGAUAACGACACAAAUCCAUACAUAUUAAAAGAUGAGGUCAUUAAGUAUCCAAUAUUUUGGUGUGAGGUCUGGAAUAAAUUUAGCAAAAAAUGGUUGUCUAUUGACCCCAUAAAUUUAAAGAUAAUAGAAUCUGUUAAAGCAAAUUCAAAAUUGGAACCAAAAGGUGUUAUCCAAACAAAGAGAAAUAUAAUGAGGUAUGUUCUUGCAUUUGAUAGAAAACUAGGAUGCAAGGAUGUGACUAGAAGAUAUAUACAAUGGUAUAAUUGUAAAAGUAGAAAAAAAAGGAUAAACAAGGACAAAGAAGGACAGGAAUGGUAUAAUAAGCUAAUAUCUGCUUUACAAAAAAGGAAGAGAAUGAAAAUCGACGACUUCGAAGAUGAAUAUUUUAAAGAGAGAGACAUUAACGAGGGCUUCCCAGAUACUAUAUCAGAAUUAAAAAAUCAUCCAUAUUAUGUUCUAGAGUCUGAUCUCAGACAAAAUGAAAUAUUGAAACCUGGGUCAAAAGAAUGUGGCUACUUGAGAAAAAAUAAUAAAUCUAAACAAACGUUAAGGGUUUAUAGGAGAGAUGAUGUAUUAGUUCUACGAAGUGCCAAGGAUUGGUAUAUGAAAGGAAGAAUUUUAAAAGCAGGUUGUAGAGCUCUUAAAAGAGUUAAAAAAAGAAUCAAUUCUUCAAAUUUUGAUGACGAUGAUGAUAAUAUUGAAAGACUCUACCCUUAUGAAGAAACUGAACUUUACAUUCCACCUUUAGCUAAAGCUGAUGGUGAAAUUAAAAAGAAUGCUUAUGGUAAUAUUGAAAUAUUUACCUCAAGUAUGAUUCCUAAAAACUGUGUUCUAAUUGAAAGCCCAGUUGCAAUAAAAGCAUGUAAAGCUAUUCAUAUAGAAUUUGCUCCAUCGGUAACUGGUUUCAAAUUUGAAAAAGGUAAUAAGGCAAAACCGAUUCUCAGCGGAGUGGUCGUCGCAAACUGGUUCAGAGAAGCAGUUGAAUGUGCGAUUGAUAGUAUUGAAUAUUCAAUUGUUGAAGAAAAAAGAAAAGAGAGAGAAUUAGCGGCACUUAAAGAGUGGAAUUCUUUGUUCUUAAAAUUACGUAUCUCAUCGAAUUUGAACUCUGCAUAUGGUAAAGUCAAAGACGAAAAUAAAAAAAUACGAGCCAUUUCUGAUGAGAAUAAUUCAGAAUCAGAUGAAGAUUUUUCAAUGGGUGGAUUCUUACCUGCUCGUAAGAAUGAUCAUACUGGAUAUUUAAAUGAAGGAUCACAAUCCGAUGCACAGUCAGACGAUGAUUUUCCACCUCAAGGGUAUUUACCUCAAAGGGUUCAUACUAAAUAUAAUGAAGAGGAUGAUUAUGUUGAUGAGGAGGAGGAGAAUUAUUAUGAAGGAGAGGAGAAUGAUGAAAUGAUUGCUAAUAGAAACAAGUUGACUGCGUCACCAUCUGCCACAGAGCAAAUGGAUGAAGAAUUUGACGAUUUUAUGUCAGAGAUGAAUACAGAAUAUACCGGCAUUUAA